AUGUGGGAGGUGUUCCAGGUUCCCUAUCAUAUACCGUACCAUGAAUGGAACGCAGACGAGGCAAAUACCACCAGCUUCAAACGUUUCUCGGAUCUGCCUUUGUCAUCCAAAACACUCCGUGGUCUCAAAGAAUGCGAUUAUGAGGAACCGACAGACAUUCAAAGAGAGUCUCUACCGUUUUCGCUCAGUGGCUUAGACGUUGUUGGUGUUGGAAUCUCUCUGGAGGUCGGGUGGUCCGAACUACUGUGGUCUGGGCGCAUUAAUAAUUUCUCCUACCAGAGAGCUUGCCCUUCAAACGUUUACUGUCAUAAAUCACGAACUGAUGUCGAGUAUGAAAAAAGCCGUCUUGGCAGAGUUAACAUCAUAAUCUGCACUCCUGGGCGAUUACUACAACACAUGGACGAGAACGAGCAACUGCUGUGCGAUGAGCUACAAAUAAAAACAAAAAAAAAACUUACAAAUAUAGUAUUGACGCGCAAGAAUCGAAUUCUCGACAUGGGGUCAAUGCUAUUGUUGCGAAUUUGCCCUAAAGAACGACAGACUUUGUUAUUCUCCGCCACUCAAACUCGCAACAUCAAAGAUUUAACUCGGGUCUGCACAAAGGAUCCAGUGUUUGUGUCAGCUCAUGAGCGUUGUGCUCAUGUCACUCCCGAUUGUUUGGUACAGUCUUAUAUGGUUUGCGAGCCAGAUUAA